AUGCGCUCCAAGAUCCUAGCUAGUGUCCCCUGGCCUGUACAGGUGAUUGUCGGCAACAUAAUCUACAAUAAGAACGUCCGUAAUAUGCAGGGUCAAGGCACCGGCCUCUUUUCGGGCGAGGAAAUCGCCGCAUUCCGGCAGGAACUCUGGGAAUCUGUUGAUAGGCUUGUAUCGGCUGCGUAUGUCCAGCGUCGGGAUCGAGAGGGGCCGUUCUGGGUGUGGGGCGGUGAUGCACCCACCGAGGCUGAUGCUGUGCUGUUUGGAUGCUGUGCUGUUUGGAUGCUGUGCUGUUUGGAUUUGUGGUGUCUGGUUUGGGCUCCGGAAACCAAGCAGAUUGUGAACAGUUGCCCGGCGUUGGUGGAGUAUUCUCGGGGGAUUCAUGACAAGUACUUCCCAGAUUAUCAGCUUUAG